GUAACAGGUCUAUUUUCAGCAACGUAGAGAGAAACGUAAAUUUACAUUCACAUCUUCGAAAGCAUUAUCGUACAUAACAUUUAGUUAGUGAAACAGAAACUACUGGUUUAGUCGUGAGCACAGUCCCUUCAGGGACGCUAAAAAAUAAAAAAAAAUAAAAAAAGUUGGAAGUGUAAACCUUCGUAGUACCUUUUUUUUCAGUAGCUUCCUGGUCAUUACGGUAAAAACCCGAAUAUACGCGCACUACAGUUUGAACAGCCGCUGGCUUGAGUGCGCGCUGCAGGUAUCUUAGCAACCAGGCCAAACACUGAGGAAGCGGAGGCCUGAGCAGUGUUAAUGAAGCGCGAUCAUGUCAACACCGCGGGAAAAAGAGGCAGCAAAAUACCUCGAAAAUCACAAAAUCUUAGAACUAAUGAACAACUUAACUAGCAUGCUCUUCUAUUACAGACCAGAACAGCCAAGGGAAUUCCUGAUUUCCCAACUUGAGCAAAUGCAAGCAUCCAAGCUUCAGGCGGCUGGUAUUCCCUGUCUGUUUGAUGAUUCCAACCUGGAUGCAGUGUGUGGUAUCCUAGAUCCUACAAAUCAAGGGUACAUCUCUUACAACCAGUAUAGAGAGGCACUGAAGACACUUGGUAUCCAGCAUUUCAGUGAGUGUCCUGAGGGUCUUGGAAAUGACAGGAUAUCACAUGAGACAUUCAAACGAGAAGCGAAGGAGUGCCUUCUGAAAAAUGCAGCAACAUUCCAGAUGUAAUUAUUUAACCAUUAUUACUGUCUAAUUGUUUUGUAAGCUUAUUAAAUGUAGUGUCUUUAAUGCUGUGUCAAUGUUUGAAGUACUAAAUAUUAAAAGUAUCUUUUGGA